AUGCCUUCUGCAAUCACACCACCAACUCUCAGUACCAAUUUGGCAGUUAAGAAAACAAGUUACGCUCGCACACAAGAUCCAGAUAUGUUGAACUGCAAGAGAAAGAUCGUUUGCUUUUCGGAUUUCGAUGGCACAAUCUUCAUGCAAGAUACCGGGCACGUCCUUUUCGAUUCAUACGGAUGCGGAGAAGAACGUCGUCAGAUCCUCGAUGAACAAAUUAAAACCGGUGAACGUUCUUUCCGUGAUGUUUCAGAAGAGAUGUGGGGAUCUCUCCGCGUCCCAUUCGAAGAUGGUUUUGCCGUAAUGGAGAAAACUCUCGAGAUUGAUCCUGAUUUCCAAAAAUUCCAUCGCUUCUGUAUUGAUAACAACAUUCCUUUCAAUGUUAUCAGUGCGGGUUUGAAGCCGGUGUUGCGAAAAGUAUUGGAUAAGUUCUUGGGAGAGGAGGAAAGUAAGAGAAUUCAAAUCGUGGCAAAUGAGGCAGAGAUUAGUGAGGAUGGAAGUCUGUGGAAGCCAGUUUGGAGACACGACACUGAGUUGGGUCACGACAAGGCACUAUCCAUUACUGAAGCAAGAGAACUUGCUCAAUUGGAAUGUGAAGAUGGAACUAUCCCAUUGAUUGUAUUCAUUGGUGAUGGAGUUUCUGAUUUACCUGCUGCGAGACAAGCAGAUGUUUUAUUUGCAAGAAGAGGUUUGAGAUUGGAGGAGUAUUGUGUGGAACAUAAGAUCCCUUAUAUUCCAUUCGAUACUUUUGCCGAUAUUCAAAAGGAAGUGGAGAAGAUUGCUGAGGAGGAUCAAGCAAAGACUGGUGGUGCAGGCAAGCCAGCAAGAUUCAAUCCAAGAGCCAACUUGUGGAGAAGAGUUUCAAGUCAGAACGCUGUUCCUUCAUAUGUUGCUGCUACUCCCACAAAGGAAGAAAAGAUGUUCUUGUGGCCAGAAUCUUUCUCUGAGCUUAAAGAAAAUAUACCAGCUUCAAUCACUGAAGAGGUUGGCGCUUAA